UGAGCAGCUAAGGGAGGCCAGCUCGAGGACGGAAGGCUGGGAGGACACGCGGCCCUACCACCACUGCAGUCGCCGCGCAUGGAGCUGGGAGGCGGAGGGCGAGGCGCCGGCGACCGCGUCCGGCGGCAGCUGCAAGCGGUGGGGCGGGUAGCCGCGUACCUCGGCGGAGGCUUCAUCCUGCUCUCCGCUGCCUCCUCCGUCGCCGUCCGCUCCCUCCGCGCCCUUUCCGAUGCCAACCAGAGGAAGUUUGCGAUGCCGUGCGGCGCCUGCGAGGGGAAGGGGAGCUACGCGUGCAGGCUCUGCAAGGGCAGCGCCACGAUUGAAUGGUCUCCGAUGUACGACCCGGUGUUCGUCAACCCGUGCCUCUGCCCUACCUGCGACGGGACGAGGGUACAGCGCUGCUUGAAUUGCCUGGGCAAAGGUUAUGCCUGAAGAAGCAAUUUGUAUGUGUUGAUCAGUGACCUUUCCGCACGAUCAGUUUUUGUGGUUGAUGAUAGAUAGUUGAGGGUGUGGUUAUUAACAGGGGCGGAUCCAGGGUGGUUCCAUGGUGUCAGAGGACACCAAUGGAAUUUGGUAAUCUCCAUAGAAAACACAUGUUUAUUGGUGUUCAUUAGAUAAGAUCACAUCAUAUGCAGUGGUGGUGACACCAACAAUUCUUUUGUCUGGAUCGGCCUCUGGUUAUUAAGAGGGAGCGUUGAGUGUUAGCUGUUAACUCAAGGAAAGCUGAUCCUUUUGCUGCUGGAGUGUAGUUGAUGGAUGAUUAAAUUGAAUGAUUUCUGUUGGGAA